UGUGAUGCAAUGACUGCAACUCAAUGCGCGUGAUUACGAGGUCUAGGGCAGAUCAAGCACACAGCGCAGGUGGCAAGGGGACCAUUCAUUAUACAUCAUAGGUAACUUAUCGGAGAUUAAUGAAGUAAACGUUAGAGCCGGUGAAUUACUGGGAGGGCGGGAGAGCCAGGUAUCCGUAGAUCAAUAACUGAUUCAGCAUGGACAAUUGUGUAGACAACACUCGUGGUCACCGGAACAACCGAAGCUGAACGUGGAACGGAGAAUUCUCGGACACGCUAGCUGCUGAGGGAGAUACCUGACAAUACCUGGAGAUACCUGGACAUAACCGGGCACCCUACAGGACCUUGCAAUGGGACGAAAUUAAGGAGGUGCCGAUGGAAGUUAAGAUAUUCCGGCGUUAGUUAUUAGCAUUGAAGUACAGCGGAUUGCAGCCCUCAUAUGUGAAGCAUCAAUAUUUGAUUCUCUGCGGACACGAAUUACCCCGCGAAUACUUAGCCAGUUUCUCUUCUUCGUUACUAGUAAAAUGAAUGACAAUGUCUCCAAUGCGACGGUAGAAAAUUUCGUCAAGUUCACGUCACGUGAGACGACUUCAAACCCAUAAAUGUUAGGCUCCAGAAACAAGGCGGCUUUGGAAUUGAAGUCAAAGAAUAAUCCUACCAAUGUCCCCACCGGAAGUGGACAUGGAUGUCGUGGUGGCAAAAAUAAUCUCGCUGAUAAUAUCCACCGUGAUAUCCGUCCUCCUAGGGCUCUUCCCGUGUAAACUCUACCAGCACUUUGCCGAAAACAUCGCACGAAUACAGAAAGCAGUAGAUUAUUCCAUCUCAUCCAUGAAGUGCUUUUCCGGGGGCAUAUUUCUUGGAACAUGUUUCCUUCACCUGAUUCCAGAAACUCGUAAAAAGAUCGAGGCUGUGAUGACCCAGUCACGGUCCUACUCACAAUACCCUGUGGCCGAGUUGCUCACUGUUGUAGGUUUCUUCGGAGUUUUGUUCAUGGAGCACGCCAUUAGGUCUCUGUACAAGAAACUCCAGCGUUUGACGGACAGAGAACGAGAUUAUGAUGGUGGAAAUAUGUUUGCGUUCAGCAGUUGCAGAUUUGGAGGAAGUGAAAGUGAUUUAGACGAACAUAGUGUAAACUCUAUAAGCAUGCAGGAUACACUGCAAGCUGAACACAACACAUUCAUUAAAUCGACGGAACAGGAAGAAACAAAGGAAGCCCCGGAGACUGACAUCGAACCAGCGCCCCUCCAGGAUCUUCCGGUAAAAUCAGUUGUGUCAGAACUUAGCAGGGGAGAUGAUUCCAGAAAAGGACAGAUGAGGUCAGCCAUUUUUAUUACGGCCUUAUCCUUCCACGGUGUGUUCGAAGGAAUGACUCUAGGACUACAGAGUAUGGAGAGUAACGUCUGGGUCCUAUGUUUCGCCAUCACAAUUCAUCGGGGGAUAUUGGCUUUCGGAAUGGGGCUAGAACACAUGAGAAAUGAGGUAAAACACCGUACAAUGAUUUUCAGUGUUUCUUCAUUUUCUCUUCUGGCUGCUGUGGGAAUUAUUAUCGGGAUCGCUAUUUCAACAGGUGCACAGCUUUACGAAGACGUUCUACUUCCUGACGCCAUCUUACAAAGCUUGGCUACAGGAACACUGUUUUAUAUAAUCUUUUUUGAUAUUCUUUACAAGGAACUGAACGGAAACAAAGAGGUCAAAAAGCUGUCGUGUGUUUUCGUUGGUUUCUCUGUCAUGGCCAUAAUAUUUGCAGUCACACGAAGGUGACAUUCCUAUGGAUACAUAGGACUUACCAGAUUGCUCUAUUUUGCUAACUGUUUUGUAUUGUUCAUAUGUAUUUUUGUUGCUUGAUAAUGGUUCUUUUUAAAGCCCUAAAUAUGAAUUGGUUAAUGAAGAAAUACAUCAAUAAAUGAUUGAACACUGGUGUUAGGCUGUGCAUGUAUAAUGAUAGAAUAGCCAUAAAGUUGGAUUUGUAUAAUAAUAAUAAAUGUCAACGCUUCAAAAA